UUCACAUUUCAAACUGUAGGCGUGGAUCAGUAAUGUACAAGUUAUUAAACGUUGGCUUUCUAUAAAGAUUGACAUUUAAAACUUAUUAUAUACAUUGAAAAUAAUAUCAUUCCUUUUGUACUUUGUAAAACUUCCAAUAUUUGAACCAAUAUACGUUUGAAUUUUUUUGUUAUCCGGUAUCAACGAAGUAAGUAGAAAGUUUUCAAAGUAAAUGACAUCUCGACAUUAUACAAUGUGCGAUUAUUAGAUUUUUAAGGUACUAAAAUAAAGAAUUUUGUUAGUGAAAAAUUCAAAAGAAUAAAUAUUAAGUGAGUCUGACGAUAUAUUAUUAGGUGUGUAAAGUCCAAACAAAUAAAGAAAGGCACAGACAAUUUAAGAGAUCUUGAGGCGGUUAAGUCCGCUAAUACUUCUAUAAACAAUAAUAUAGACUUACCAAACUCUAAUAAUACUAUUUUUAUAACGCAUGACAAUAAAUGUAAUUUUGAAACUGAAACUGACAUAACUGAAAAAUCAGUUGUAUCAACAAAUGCGGUAUCUACUUGGAAUUUAAAAAAUAAAAUAGAAAAUAGUUUUUCAUUUUUAAAUAAGCAAGAAUUAGAUUUUAAAAAAUUGGAACGAAAAGAAGUAAUUAAUAUGACUAAUACUGAUAAUUUGAUCAUACAAAAUUUUAAAAUGAAAUGUAAGUUGGAGGAACAAGAAAAGGACAAUUGCAGUAUGUUAAAUAUUGCAACAGAGGAUACAAGUCAAGACACUGUAGUGUGUAAUCUUGUUCCGCUGAAAGUACAAGAUAAUAUAAGUAAAACAAAUCAAACAAAUGUUGAUGAUAAAAAUAAUAAUGAUAAAUUGAAUUCAACAUCUAGUAUAGCAAUGACAACAGUAUUAAAAAAAGAUAACAAUCAAGAAAACUGCAGUAAUAAUAUUAGUUCAAAAGAUAAAAGUCCAGUUCCAUUAUGUACUACUAAAAAAGAUACAUGUAGUCUUAAUUUAUCAAAAACUUCCAAUUUUUCUGGUAAAUUUAAGAAAAUACAUGAAAAUCAAAAUGUUACUGUUGACAAUAAACUCAAAAAUGAAAUGAAAGAUUCUAAGAAGGAAUCUGAUAUGAAAUAUUCUUCAGAAUAUACAUCAAAAUGUGCUAAUAAAAAUGUUAAAGAAAAUGGACACAAUAAAACAAUCUUAAAUAAUGCCAACAGACAAUUUAAAGUAAAUCGUGUGAACUCUUCAUACAGAAAAACAGAAAAUAAAUCAAUACCGAAAACAUACAACGAUUCAUCAGAAACUACACAAUAUUCUGUUGUUAAGGAAAAAAAAUAUACUUCAAAUUCAUUUCAAUCAAUACAAUUAAAACCAACUGCACAACCAUUUAAUAUAAAUGAAGAGUAUUGUGUUCUUAAUAAUAAAUUAAUAACUUCUGAUAAUAAAUCUGGUAAUACAAAACCACACGUAACAAUGGAAACUGAGUUAGUUGCGAAAACACCAACUCUGAAAGAUGAAUGCAUUAAUAAAUUUAUUGAUGAUAAAUUAGUAACUAAUACUGUAAGACAUGAAACGAAUACAUCUUCUAAAGAGAUUGAAAAAACUGAUGAAAAUACUAUACAAAAUUUGUCAUAUAAUCACUUCGUUAAUGAAUGCAUAGAACAAAAAGAGAUAUGUAUAAAUCCACCUUUGCAAGAUUUGCCAAAUUUACAAACGAAUAACCAAAAUAUUAAAGAAAGUACUCACAAUGACUCCUGUGAUAGUAAUCCGCAAUUUGAUAACAUGUAUUCUACUAAUGUUUGGCAUAAUUAUAAAAAUUUACAGCAAAACAUUUAUCAACAAGAGACAAUUUCACAUCAGAAUUUUUUUCAUCCCAUUUCUGAUCCAGUUCUAAGAAGUUGUCCAGUAAAUACUACUUUACCCUCAUUAAUUCCUAAUGUGUCCAAUUCUGAUGUAAAUGCAGUGCAUUUAAAUCAAUAUGGAAAUGUACCGACUAUGCAAAACAAUUCAAUGAAUGCAAGCUCCAUGUCUAAUCAAAACUUACCUACAAAUACAAAAAAUGCAAAUAUGAUGCAAUAUCAAAUGCCAAAUAUGGUUCCAUAUAAUAAUUCAAAUCUAGUUAGGCCACAGCCAAAUUAUGAUGCAAAUCCUAUGACAAUGUCAGAUGAGCAAUAUAACUUACAUGGAUAUGGAAUGAAUCCUUUAUAUUGCAUAAAUAAUUGCCCUUGCUGCAGAAAUAGUAAUUAUAUACUUUUCCAGAAUUGGAAUUUACCUAAUGUUUAUGCAGUACCAUUAACCAUCGUUACAAAUCCUAAUCAAUGCAAUUGUAUGUUAUGUUGUUAUCAAUUGCAAUCUAACAAUAUGAUCUACAAGAGUCCUGGUGUGGUAACACAAAGCCCACCUUAUGUACAUGCAGAAGUUCCAUGUGAGCAAAACUUGCAAAAAAAUUUUAUUAAACCUAUAUCCAAGUGUUGGUAUAAUGAUAUAAGUUUAAAAAACAAUGAAACAGGUAACACUAAAUUACAGAUACAAGAAGUCAUAAUAAAUAUGCAGGAACAAAUAGAUCAAGGGCAAAAUACUCAAAAUAGUGAGUUAUUAAAUAAUAAAGAAAUUAAUAAUCUUCCAAUAAUAUCACCAAAAGAUUAUAUGAAUUAUGGAAGCAGUUUUCUUUCAAAUAAUAAAGCCACAAGACCUCAAACAAAGUAUAAUGAAAUAAGAGAAUCAACUCAGAGUUAUAAUUCACAAAAUAAAAAAGGCAAUAGACGCUCCUUUCUCUCCAGAGAGUAUGUGUCUAAUGCAAACACUGAUUGUGGGAAAAAGACAUUUAAACAGCAAUACAAUUCAAGUUAUAAAACACAAUAAUAUGGUUAUCUUUUUUUUUUUUUAUAUAAUU